CAUGCGUGUUAGAGUCCGCCUGGCUACAGCGAGGCAUCAUGGCGGCGUCCACUCGCUGCAUGAAGCGUGCCUUGGGGGGAGCGAUUUCGCCGUCUUUGGUGGUCAUUUUAGGAGCCACUGGUACCGGGAAAUCAAAGUUAGCCAUUGAGAUUGGAAAACGACUUCGGGGAGAGAUCAUUAGCGCCGAUUCCAUGCAGGUGUACCACGGUCUCGACAUCAUCACAAACAAAGUGACGGCCGAGGAGCGCGCCCAGUGCCUCCAUCACAUGAUCGGCUUUGUGGACCCGUUGGUUAGCAACUACACGGUGGUGGACUUCAGGAACAAAGCUGUUUCUCUAAUCGAUGACAUGCAUCAUCAGAAUAAACUGCCCAUCGUUGUUGGAGGAACAAAUUAUUACAUUGAGUCCCUGCUGUGGCGAGUCCUACUCGACGCUGGGCGGGACGAUUCAGAGGGGGAUGGAGACACAGACAGGAAGUUGGAACUGGAGAAACUGGAAGGAGCCGAACUGCACAAGCGACUGAUGGAAGUGGACCCCAAAAUGGCCGCCCUGUUGCACCCCAACGACAAGCGCAAAAUUGCCAGAAGCCUGCAGAUCCACCAAGAAACAGGCGUUCCUCACAGCUCAUGGCUGGAGGAGCAGAGAGGCCAGCAGGGCGGCGCCGCUCUGGGGGGUCCGCUAAGGUACCCGGACCCUUGCAUCUUUUGGCUCCACGCCGACAUGAACGCUCUGGACAAGCGCCUGGACGCUCGUGUCGAUGAGAUGUUGUCAGUGGGCUUGAUAGAGGAGCUCAGGGACUUCCAUGUCCGCUUCAAUCAGCAGAAAGUGCGGAAUGACAGUCAAAACUACCAACACGGGAUCUUCCAGUCGAUCGGUUUCAAAGAAUUCCACGACUACCUGACGGCUCCUGAAAACGGCACCCGGCAGGAAAAAGACACACUCCGAAAAAAAGGUGUUGAAGCUUUGAAGAUUGCGACGCGACGCUACGCUCGCAAGCAAAAUAAAUGGGUCCGUAACCGCUUCCUCAAACGACCCGGAGACAGCGUGCCAGCAGUGUACGGCUUGGAUGUGACGGAUGUGGCGAGAUGGGAGGAGACAGUGCUGAACCCUGCACUGCAGAUACUGGACAGUCUCUGCAAGGGUGAGGAGCCCGCUAUUUCACCAAUCAGACUACAAGGGGAGGAGCAAAGGAACAAACGCAGCCGACACUCCUGCGACCUUUGCGACAAAGUGAUCAUCGGCGACCUGGAGUGGGCCGCUCACCUCAAGUCCAAGAAGCACCACUUCCACGUCAGGAAGAAGCUCAAGUCCGAUGCCGAGACAAAGCGGUCGGAAUCCUCCUCACAGGACACCAACUCGGAACACUGACAUUUUUGAAAAGGUCCGUAUAGACUGUCAACCCGCAAGUCCAUUAAGUUUCGUACCGCAUGGUUGCGCUUGGAAUGGUUUUUCCGAUGGAAACGCACAGCACGACAUUUUCCCGCUGCUGCUCAUGUCAACAUUUCCACGAGAUGCCACGUUUAGUCGGAUCAUUUAUACUUCACACUUCAUUACGGAGACUUGAGUUUUGAUUCCGUCCGAGCUUGGAUUGUUUUUUUUUCUUCUUGAAUUUUGUGGAAAAGUACACUAGAGACAUUAUAUGGACAAAAAGUUAUUUGGACGUUUGACAUUACAGCUCCAACAACUGUGGAGGAAUGGAAGAAAAAAUGACUCUGCCUUUCUUUUCUUUUUUUUGGAGCCACGACAAUUAGAGCAUUCUUUUACUGAAAAUUCUAUUUUUGUACGGCGCACACCAAAGGAGAUUUGACACACAUACUUUGACCCUUGGAUGAAGGACCUACUUGGACUGAGAACAGGAAGAAAAUAUUUGCAUUACAUCUUGACUUUGGAGCACACUUUAUCUUCUACUUACAAUGGGAGGCAUCGCUAUUUUCGGAGACAAUGCAACAACAGAGCAUACGUUACUUGGACAAAAGUUUUGGGACAGCUGGCCAGAGGAAUUGAAAAAGGAAGAGAAAAAUCAAGCUCCUCCAUCAUGUACCUGAAGAAAUAAUGUGCCUUACUUUUAUUUUGCUUCAAUUGUCUGUAAAAUCUCACUACGCAAAUAUUGUUCACUUUGGAUGCAGCCCAUCUUGGAAUAUUUAAUAAACAUUAAAAACUUUAAUUCA